AGGAUAAGAGCACUAUUAUCACGAUGGCGACAAUGAGGUUUUUUCCUAUGGUUUUCGGAAUUGUUAUUUUAUUUGUGAAUGCCAAUUGUGUUAAAAGCUUGAGUGAUGAUGUUAUAGUCGAGCCCACAAAACUGUGGAGAUUUUUAGGGAAUAAUGAGGAAGCUGUGCAACAAAGGUUUCGCGAGAAUAUUGAAGAGUUUAGUGUUGGAGAUAUUGAGUGCCUGAGAUAUUGCAUUGAGAGUAAAACGUCCGACGAUGCUUCGCAUAUUUUACACUUGACUUGGAAAUUAAGAAGCAAACAGGAAGCAGAGAUGGGGUCAACAGCAAUUGUAGAUAAAGACAUCACGUCUCAAAUAAUGCACGAAAAGUCAAUGAUGCCGAGCCAUUCUCGGAAUCAAUGCACGUUUUCCAUCGUCAUCGCAUGUGAGAUUCCGCAAAAAAUCGGAGACAAUUUCACUUACAUAGAAAAGAAAUUCAUAAAAAGUUUAAAGCCUAAUCUCGAGGUUCUCGAAUACUCCAUUGAUAAUACUUCUCCAACGCUAAACUUUGUUAACGAAAGGAUCGUUGAUAAAAGCAAUCUCAUGAACAAAACUGAAGUGGACUUUUAUGUAGAACCUAACCAGGCGGAAGUGAGCGCUAUUGUUUUGGGAAACAUCUCACAAAUAGAUCUAAAAAUACCGAUUCACGGACCACCAGUCGGCGUCAGCACGACGGAAAAGUCAGCAGUAGCAGCACCACGACUGACAGUUGCAUUGUCACGCAUGCGCGACAAUAGGACGGCGCUUAGAUUGAACGUUCUCAACCCUCCGCCAGGUGGCUGGAGAAUCGGACUCGAAGGGAUGGAUAUGAAACGCUUUGUUGUGACGUCGUCCGUUAUACCAGAAUUCACUAGUAGCGAGGUUAAAUAUUUGAAUGUUUUGCCGGCAAACGGUGGUCAAUUAUCUGCUUUGGAGCAUGACGAUUCACAGCUGUCCAAGAAAAUUGGAAUAUCUUCACGCCAGAUUCAGGUUGAGGAUAAAUUAGAAGAAAGGAGCGCGCGAUCGACUCGAGCCGAUGACAUUUCAGCCAGAAUGAUUUAUAAUCAAAUGCCGGAAAAUCAAGAACGUCAACGUCCAUUCAGAUUCCCUAAAAACGACAUGAGUGUAUUAGAUCCAAGAAACAUAAGCAUACGAUUAAACACAGAUCAAAUAGAAGAUCGAAUGAUCGAUCGUGAAGCAAUCGAAUUAGACGAUUUCACCAGAUACCUAAACGACGAGUUACCUAUAAAAAAAUAUCUGAUUGUCGAACUAAGUCCAUCAACGAGUCUUAUAGCCAAUCCAAAUACGAUUCAUCGUGUUACCUUCGACAUCACCAACAACCACGUAAUAACCCUGCCACAUUACAUCGAAGCACGAAGUACUACUUUUAGGAUACUUGGAAUCCGACCAGUUUUUGGCUUUGUUGAGAUAGCGCCGGGACAAACAGUUACAGUUGCAGUAGAUGUUCAAAUGCCACCGGUAAUUAGUGCUCCGAUCGUCGAUACCAUCACCCUGAGAGUUCAGGGUACCGAAAGUGUGGAAAAAACUGCUAAUAUCUACGUCAGAGCACUUGGUAGUAGGGUUUACGAUGACGCCAGGCCGGACAUUUAUUUCUAUUUCAAUAACAAUUGUGCCGGAAGAACUAGCGCAGACAAGUGUUUGAAGAGCUAUUGGAGUGUCGAUAUUACAGUUCAAGAUUCAGGUUCAGGUUUAAAAAGUGUAGCAUCAACUCCAAAAGGCAUUUACUCGCGUUCUCAGUAUAUCAGCGGUACAACUAGUCCCGUUUACUUGUAUUAUUCGAGUAAUUGCUGUAAUCGCGUUCUCGUCGUAACUGCUACAGAUGUCUCUGGAAAUGUUUAUUCAAAGCGCAUCGACGUUGGAGUAUGGUAUAAUCUCAUGGAGGGUGAAGUAGCUGCAAUAGUCAUAGGCACGUUGUUUAUUAUACUUUUGAUUACUCUAAUUGUCUUAUCCAUUUUAUAUUGUGUAAAUCAAAGAAAAAGCCACAAUUUGCCAUAUUCUCAACGUUACGGUUCAAGAUCAGCACCCUCUCGGACAGAAUGAAAGAUUAAUUUGACAUUCUCAUGACCAAACCAUCUAAAUAUAAAGUGUUCAUUAUCAAAAAUAUCUAUUAGUUAUAGAUUAUGGUAAGCUAUUGGAUAAAUAAA